GGUGGCGCGGCCUGCUGUGCGGCGUGAGGCGUUCCGGCGGUGCGGCCGCGUCAGCCCGGGCGGCCUGGGCUUCGUGAGGGCGGGCGCCGAGGGCGGUCCGGCACCAUGAGCGUCGGAGGCUCGGAUCGCAACGAGGAGUUUCACCAGCAGCUGCGGCUUCAGGAGCUGUACGGGAAGAAGAAGGAGGGCGCCGCGGACGAGGACCCGUUCACGUACACCGACCCGGCCGACGGCACCCAGUACGAGUGGGACCUCGAGAAGAAGGCCUGGUUCCCGAAGGUCACUGAAGACUUCCUGGCGACAUAUCAUGCUAACUAUGGCUUUCCCACUGAAAGUUCAGAAAAUUCAUCUGCAUUUCUUCCAAAGACUGAAUCCAAACCACCUACAGAUUCAAAGAAAGCCAAGAUCCAGCCGCCAGGAGAUUCAAAGGCAUCACAGCCAAUGGAUCCUAAACAAAAAGGAGAGAAGAGAAAACCCGAACCAGGAUGGUUUCACGUUGAGGAUCAGAAAAAUACAAAUGUUUAUGUGACAGGUUUACCACCAGACAUUACAAAAGAUGAGUUCAUACAGGUCAUGUCAAAAUGUGGUAUCAUUAUGCGUGAUCCUCAAACAGAGGAGCCUAAAAUUAAACUUUACAAAGACAAAGAAGGAAAUCUUAAAGGAGAUGGGCUGUGUUGCUACUUGAAGAGAGAAUCUGUGGAUCUUGCACUAAAAUUGCUAGAUGAAAAUGAAAUAAGAGGCUACAAACUGCAUGUGGAAGUUGCACAGUUCCAACUGAAGGGCGAAUAUGAUGCCAGCAAGAAGAAGAAGAAAUGCAAAGACUACAAGAAGAAAAUGUCUCUACAGCAAAAACUGCUGGAUUGGAGGCCAGAGAAGAAAGAUGGCACCGUUCGGUUGCGGCAUGAGCGGGUUAUCAUUAUCAGGAACAUGUUUCACCCCAAAGAUUUUGAGGAGGACCCCCUAGUGCUCAAUGAGAUCAGAGAAGAUCUCCGGACGGAAUGUGAAAAGUUUGGACAAGUUAAGAAAGUCAUUAUAUUUGAUAGGCAUCCAGAUGGUGUUGCAUCAGUGGCAUUUAAAGAAGCAGAGGAGGGUGAUGUCUGCAAACAGGCGCUCAACGGGCGAUGGUUUGGUGGACGGCAGCUCUCUGUGGAAACGUGGGAUGGUGUGACAGAUUAUCAGGUUGAAGAGACUUCAAGAGAAAGGGAAGAGAGACUGAAGGGGUGGCAGGCGUUCUUAGGGGGUCCUGCUACAGAAAUGCCAAAAACUGCAUCUGAUGCGGAUUCUUCAGAAACUGACAAGCAGUUAUCGGAAGGUGUUCGGCCAUCUAAAGAUAAUGGUGCAUCCAAGGGUGGUCCAGAGGUCGAAGCCACCGAGGCGGAGGAUAACGGAGCAGGUGCUGAUAAGGAUGUCACGGCAUCCACGGACAGCAGCGUGGCUGGCAGCGAUGGAGAGGCAGAGACAUAACGUUCGCUCUCUUGUGAAAGCAUGUGUUCGGGGUAACCUUUAGAUCUCUGUUAUCCCGUGCUUGGGAGCAACUGCACGCAGCAAUCAAGUGAAUAUAUAUGCAUUUCCUUAUUCGGAUACCAUCAAUGUGCUUUUGAGGUAUUACGUUAAAAGCAGUAUUUAAUGAUGAUAUUUUAUCAAAAUAUAUAUAUAUUCAUAUCUGGCUGCUGUUCACUCUGUGUGUGUAUGUGUCAUAAGUUGCCAAGAGCCCUGCCGAACUGACCAGCUGUCUUAAGUUGUAACUUUGCUUGUCAUUGUUCUAAGUCCAUCAGCAUAAGUCGGUACAAACUUGCAUUUCCUGUUAAUGGCACACCGAGCUUUAGAAAUAGAGGUAUGGAUGCUUUUCAGUAUUUGCUCUAAUUUUAACCUUGCCCCAACCUGCUGGUAUUCUUGUAGGACAUAAAUUCUUCUUAUCCUUGGAUACACCAGUGUGUACUUGGUUUUCCUGAUAUUUUAAAAUCAGUAAUAAUCAAGAAUUGAGGAUGUGCUGGUGGCACACCAAAUGCUUUGCUGAAGGAUGGAAAAAAACUUCCACACUGCAAGUUAAGAAGGAUCUGAAGUGGUCUGAAAGUACUACCCAGAUAGGCAAAGUCCCUGAUGGCUUAAGUCCUCCAUUCAUGUAAGUUUAAGCCUAGCGAAGCUAGAAAACAAGUGGAGGAAACUGUAAAUAAGAUUACGUCUCAUCUUUGUUCUUAUUUUAUUUUUUUGUUUUGAUGAAUUAAUACUGGAAAUAUACAGAAAGCUUGUGUGUUGGAAGUGAUUUUUCCCCUAGUAUUUCUGUAUUCAAACAUAGCUAGGUUUCUGGCAUUUGUCAGGGGUAAUGAAUAUAUGGAGUGUGUUUUAUACUUGGAGUGAUUACAGGAAAUUCUAUUGAAUAAAAUUGUUUUGAGAUUCAUUCCCAAAAUUGUUGCCCAGAUUUCUAAAUAUAGGUAACUGAUUUUUACAGAUAUUAGAAAUAGUGAAUGCUGGAUUGACAAAAUGCUCCUAAGAUUUUCCAGACAAUAAAAUUGUUUUCCAGUGCCCUUAACUAAAGUAGGAGUGGAUUGGACACUGAAUGGGAAAAGCCAUGGUCUGACACACUGAGCAUGAGCAGUUGGUGAAUCCCCUUCUCCCUUUGUUGGGGAGGAGAGGAGACACUUUCAUUUUGCAGGUGGCAGCUGAAUAGGGCAAUCCUUGUUUAUGGAAAUGUUGGCUUGCCCUCAAGCCAGGACCCCGAAGUACAAUUUAGUUCUGAUUGAGGGAGAACUAAGGUGUGCAUAAACCAUGGUUUGCUGUUGCCUCUUCAUGCAGCAGACCAGAAAUGAAUUCUUCCACCUGCCUCUUGUGUGUGGUGACUGAGGAAGCAUUCAAGGUAGGACUUGCUGCUGCUUCAUUUUGCAAGGCCAAACUUCAGUUGCAUCUUUAAUAAGUCUGAACCUUGCAAGGGGUGGGAUGGGGUAAUUUAGGAAUGUGGUACUGGAAAAAAUACUCUUUUGUACAAUAAAUAUGAGUAUCUAGCAUACCUGUUUUGUAUUUGGAAUUUUUGAUUAAGUUCAUAAAUACUUUUGUUUUGAAAAAGAUCUGAUUUCUAUCACAUUUGAACUGUUUGCUUACAGGAACUUGCCAACAGCUGAAAUAUUUCCAUCUGAAAUUUGAGAAUUUGAGUAAAAACUGAACAAUCUAUUAUUGCUGUUUUGAGAUAUAUGUUCACCCAGACAACCAAAUUUUAGUCACUACAGGCCUUCUUCCAGCACUCACAGUAGCUCUGGGAAGAGUGUAUUCAAAAACAUGGCAAGAGUUGAGUGUGAAAACCAUGAUUUUCUCAUGCUUUUUUUUUUUUUUUUGUGUUCUUGAAGGUUGUGGAUGAGAUGACAACAGUGAAUGAGAUAAUUUGAACCGAAAUAUUUUUGUGCAAGUUUAGCUGCACUAGAUUUUAUUAACUAACUUGUGUGAUAGUUAACAUUAAAUAAAAUAUUUCUGGAAUUUAAAUGACUGUCCCAUUAUAAGAAUACUGCUGCUGUAACUUAGAUUUUUGUGUAUAUUACAUUCUUGGUGUAGGAUAAAUCUGUCUUGGAUUAAA